CCAAGAACACGUCUUUGUUAAACGGGGAUGUCCCUUGUUUUAGAAGUUUUCUUUCUUGGUUUUGUAUUUUUAAAGUUUUUCACUUCUGGCUGGAAAACUAUUCGAUAUUAUGUUGUAUAUCAACAUGAUUUUGACCGUUUGGUUGUUCAUGUUUUCAAUAUUAUUGAAGCAAACAAACGGACAAGAGAUAAAGGAUACUGACAUACAUGGUGAAUCUGACUGGAAAUGUAUGGAGGAACGAAAAUGGGAAUUAACGAACAACACUGAUGUUAAUAAAACUCAGUACCCUGAUGUACCUAUGAUGCAUAUUCCAAUGGGGGAACCAAUAGAACAAUUCUAUCCAAAAGGAGAAAUUCCAAACAGGGGCGACCAUCGUGAGUUGUUUGCAAUGUAUGGCGAGCAUAGAUACGUACCUCCUGGUGAAUAUAUUCAUAAUUUAGAGCAUAACGCUGUAGUGUUCAUGUACCAUCCAUGUACACCCGAUGCAUUGGUGAAGCAACUACGAUGUGUAGCAACAUCGUGCACAUGGAAACAUCUAAUUACUGCGCAUAAGAAUCUAACAAAGGAACACCCGAUUGCGGUCUUAACUUACGGCAACGUUUACCAAAUGUCGUCGAUUAAUGUGAGUGACGUACGAGCGUGGGUCCGCCAUGCAAUACAGUAUGGUGGGGAGUCGCAUGAUGAUGAACAAGGUAGUUUAAACUACACGCUUGUUAACCUGUCAAUCAAACCAAGCGAACCGGGCCAAACAUGUGCGGAGGACGGGCCAUCGUGUGAACUCGUGAAGCCUACCGUUAUUCAACCCAUUAAAGUUCCUGAAUUACCGAACGAAGCGAAUAAUCCUUCAACCAAAACACCGAGUAAUGUCCAUCUCCACCACAGAACAGAGGAAGCUGCAUGGGCAGUUGGUUCUCUUCUAUUCCUCCUAAUCAUAUUAACAUGUGGGUUGUGUUACACCAAGUUGUGGCAGAAACGAUACGAAGGAAACGAGAAAGCGAAAGUUUGGUCGGACGAUUCGUCAGCUGGGUCACUAAGUGUCGCUGCGGUUGUUCGUAGCUUCCCCCAUAUAUUAAAGAAAGGCAAGAAGAAAGGAUACGUUCGUAACUCAUCAGCCACACAAUACAAACUAAUAGAUGAAACUCAAUCUUAUUCGGAAGACGAAAUAUGAAUUAGUAACAUGAGUAUAGUAGGGUGGGGGAAGAUGGGACACCUUUUCGUUCUAUUUCCUCAUCCCAUUUGGUAGUCAACAAAGAACAUUAAAAUAAUUAUAAAACUGUAUCCUUACAACUCUAAACGAGCGUUGUCAAUUGUUCAAAAUCUGGAUUUGGAUAUUAUGUACCAUCUUACCCCACCGUACUAUAUAAUGUUUGUGACAUAAUUAAUGCUGUGAAGCUUAUUCCGCAAUAUGUAGCGUGGGCAGUGCCAUAUUCAAAAAAGCAUCAGAAAAACACCUUUUUUAAAUUUAUAAAAAAGGGGGUGGAAUGACUUCCUUAAUACCCCCCUGACUACGCCACUAAUACUAGAUAGUAUACGAUGACUUCAACAUUGCAGUUAAAAUGCUUAUUAUAGUAAAUAUGCUGGCUAUAAAUAUUCAAUCAGACUCUGCUAUUAUGUGUUGUCAUUUACUUUCUGUUGUAGUUUUUUUUAAACACGUCCAAAUAGUUUGAAACCUCCUUAACUUAAUAGCAGUUAUUUUGUUUAUGGUUGAUGGUAAAGUGAUGCAAAACAAGUGAUUUUGAUAUCAGUGUUGCCCAAUGCUGAUAUAUUAUGUUUAUUUAUUGCAAAUAUGUUUGUAAGUAGCAAUGUAUUGUAAACACUGCUAUUGCACAAUCAGGGUGGCUUGUAUAUCAUAUAACGCAUCCGCCAUAUACGAAAUAUCCACACUAUUUAACUCUACUGCAAAAUUUUGUAAAUUUUAAUGUUUGACAUUAAUUACAUCCAAGUUAAAUUUAACCUUGAAAUAGCUUUCUCCUACACUAAACCUAUAUAAAAAAGAUUUUCCUAAAGUGGAUUCGUUCUAUGGUAUAUAUCUUUCCCACUAUCCUUUGUUAGACUUGCCUUUGUUGUUGAAGUUAUAUAGUUUGUGUUAAACGUACGAUAUGUUGUUUAUUAUCGCAUGACCACUUUUUUUCGUUACCCCUCCAAGUUUGAGUGUAUUUUCUAAGUUAUCGUCAGGAAAUUUUCAGCAUUUGUGAUCGAUGAGCAAUUCUAUGGUUUGUUUGCACUUUAUACCAUGGAGCAAUAAUAUUUACGUUGCUUCACGCUCUUGAUUCUGCACUUUGUUUAUUUAUAUCAACUUGAUGUAUAUUGCUGUAUCACCGUACACUGGAGUCAAGUAAAUGCUGCUUUUUGAAAUAUAUUUUCUAUCGGCAAAA